UAUCAAGUCACUGCCAGGCCUGUACAUCCAGUGAAUCAUGAUGGUAAAACGCUCCGUCACGACCGCAGCAACCUAAGUUUAAAUCUGAACUAACUCUCUGGAUCCCCAGCAUUACACUGCCACGUGCGGCCAACUUGAAUGGCUCUAAAACUCAAAAGGUGCAUACUGUGUACGAAACACAUUUUUGGAUCUCUAGAUGGAAUAUUCGACUGCUGAUAUUGCAGCAGCGAGGAGCUUGCAGUCAACUAAGUAUAUACACAUGUCAGUGGCUACGUUCUGGAUCUAUGAUUAUGCAUGUUGUGUUCAUGAGGAGUGGAGAUUUCUGCUUAAAUCGCGCUGGACCAAGAUGAAAGGUCUUGACCUAGUAUUAAUUAUUUUCUCCGAAUGGUUUUUCAUUCUUAGAAUAUAUGUGCUCUGGGACAAUCAUAGAAUCUUGCUCGUAGCCAUGCUGUCCACCUUUCUCUCUUUUCUUGGGGCCUCUAGUGGUAUUGUCAUCGCCACCACUGCUACCGCAUCAUAUGCAACUAGCGCGAUCUCGGGCAUCACAGGGUGCUACCAGUCUUCGACCACUUACUGGUUAUUCAUACCAUUUCUUCUCCUUUCCGUGUUGCAAUUGGGACUCAUGAUGCUCACGCUCAUACGUACCAUGCAGGACUGGCGGAGAAACUCAAGCUGUCUGUAUGAUGUCCUGGUGAAGCAUAGCAUAUCCUAUUAUGCAUGUGGUCUUCUAUUUUCAGUAACGAACGUCUUCAUACUGCUGCUCCUGCAUUCUUCCUACCGCGUCAUAUUUUUCCAGUUCAUGAUCCUUGCAACCCUCGCCACGCGCAUGCACCUCCAUCUCUGGCAGGUGAACCAUGCACAAGGCUCUAGCUCCUCUAUGCAUAUCCCAAUGCGUCCUUCAUGAAGCGAUGGUUGGAUCGUACAAGAUAACUGGUGGAGGUAGGCUUGGUAGAGUUCGUUACGUGCUUGACCAAUGCAUACAAUUUACCACCAUUAUCUGGCCCCGAUCAUCCUUUACUUGCUCGUAGGUUAACGAGGAUGGGGUGGAGAUACUGGAUGACGACGUACAGGCUGGUGACAUGAUAUAUGAUUAGUUGGUGAUGCGGUCACUCAUGAGUUUGUGAUAGAAACCUAUGUCAUCUGUGUCCAACGAUAAGCGCAUGGAUGGUCAGGUAUACUGCAACGCAUCGGAGGAACCAUGACCAAAAUUAUGCUGAACGAAGACACAACUUGAUAGUCAGUAGGAAAUCAGCACGCGGGCGGCAGCUUCGUCAAACAGAGUGAUAAACAUCAUACACCACUGAGUCUUUGGAUGG